AGUCCCUUUUUUUUUUCUUUUUUUUUUUAAUUGGGGGCAGGGGAUGGGGAAGGGGAAGGGGAAGAGGAAUGGGGAGGACUAACCAGCUAAGCCACAUUUCCAAUUUUUCAGGCUGUCUCCCUCCUAUUCCUUUUGCCUCCAACAAUUUCCACUCACACUAACUCCUUCUCUUAGGGUUUUCCACAUGCCACUGCGUACAACCCGACAAUGCUUCAACAAAGGAGACGCCGUAGAAGUGCUGAAAACCAACCCUUUUAAUAUCUGGUUCCCCGCCACCGUACUCCGAUCUACUCCAUUUAAGAAAACCAGAAAUAGUCAAAUUUACGUUGAGUUCCAGACCAUUUCUGAAGAGGUACGGCGGAGGGAGUACGUUAACAUCAAUGAUGUACGUCCUGCACCUCCACCGGAGCUUCACAGGUACUUCAAGGUUGGUGACAAUGUGGAGGUUCUUUACAAAGAAAAAGGAUGGAGAAAAGGGAAGGUGGGUGAUAUCUUGGAGAAUUAUGUAUAUUUGGUUUCAGUUGAUAGUGUAGAGGAAGAAAUUGUUAAAGUGGAACAAUGGGGUUUACGAGUUUAUCGAGUCUGGGAUGAUGGUUCUUGGCUUCCUCCUCUUCAGCUCCAUCAAUUGCGCCUGAAGAACAUACCGGAGGUAGACCUGAAGUCAAGAGGGGUCAAACUCAGGAUAAAGUGUAGCCAAUCUUGGAAGGAAAAAUUUAGCGAAGGGAUGUCUGUGGAGGUGAAAGGUGAUAAAAAAGGUUGCUAUGGUUCAUGGCAUAUUGCGGCUAUUGUCAAAUCUGUUGGCUAUGACAAAUUUUUGGUUGAAUACCAGAAAUUGAAAACCGUGAACGGUUCUCAAUUUCUCAAAGAAGAGGUUGGUGCUUCAUGCAUCAGACCAUGUCCACCUGAAAUCCAAUCAUUUCAUCCAUUUGAACAUCUUGAUAGGGUAGAUGCUUGGUUCAAUGAUGGAUGGUGGGAAGGUCAUAUAACAGAAGUUCUUGGUGGAUUGAAGUAUGUAGUUUGCUUGAUGACCACAGAGGAAGAAUUGGUGUUUGAGCAUUCUAUGUUGAGGCCUCAUCAAGAGUGGGUCAAAGAGAAAUGGGUUACUUCUAGAGAGUAUGAUAUGAGAAGAAGUUCAUCUGACAUGACAUUGAAGUCGAAGGAGCUGAAAAUCAGGAUAAAGUGUAGUGGUAGGAUUACAUCGGAGCCGAAGUUCAGCAAAGGGAUGAGGGUAGAAGUGAAAAGUGAUGAAGAAGGAUACCAGGGUUCCUGGUACACCGCAGUUAUUGUCGAAUCCAUUGGUCAGCAUAAUUUUCUGGUGGAAUACCUGACACUAAGAACUGAGGAUGAAUCUGAGCCCCUUAAAGAAAAGGCAGAUGCGUCUGACAUUAGGCCCUGCCCCCCUGUAAUUCAAAGAGUUGACAGAUUUAAAAUGCUUGAAGAAGUUGACGCAUGGUAUAAUGAUGGAUGGUGGGUUGGUCUUAUAUGCAAAAUCCUUGACGGCUUAAAGUACAUGGUUUAUUUUUGGACGACAAAUGAGGAGCUGGUGUUUGACCAUUUCACUUUGAGACCCCAUCAAGAGUGGAUAAAUGGAAAAUGGGUCAUUGCCUUCAUGAAAAAAUCUAAACUCCAACUGAAGCCCAAACUUGAAAAUUUCAAGGGACAGGAUGGUAGAUUAUCCAGGCAUACAAUUUUUUGUGUUGGAGCAAAGGUGGAGGUGAAGAGCAAUGAAGAAGGUUACCAGGGUUCAUGGUACCCUGCUACGAUUGUGAGAUCUUUACGAAAUGGGAAGUAUCUGCUAAGAUACCAGACUCUAGAGACUGAUGAUGAAACGGACCUCCUAACUGAAGAAGCAGAUGCUCUUUCUAUAAGGCCUUCUCCCCCGGUAAUCCAACAAGCUGACCAAUUCAGGCCACUUGAUGAAGUUGACGCUUGGUAUAAUGGUGGUUGGUGGGCUGGUCAAGUGUGCAAAGUCCUCGAAGGUUCAAAUUAUACAGUCUACUUUCGAACGGCAAAUGAGAUCGUGGAAUUUCAGCAUUCUGAUUUGAGACCCCAUCAGAACUGGCUAGAUGGAGAAUGGAUUGCUUUCAAGUAGCUAACUUAGUUUGUGAUGUCAUUAGCAUAGAGCUGCUGAUUGAUGAUCUUGCUCUCAUGCUUUGGUCAAGCAGUAAAAAAGCAAUAUGUGGUGUUAGGCGCACAUCACUGGUUCGAACUGUACUGCAGUCAAAGGUCAAGAAGUUAAGAGGGGUUGGAGUCUCUUCUAUUUCUUUCUUCGUAUAUCAUGUUCUGGUUAAAGCGUGGUGAUAUUUACCGACUUGAAUGGUUAGCAGAAGCUCCUCGAAGAUCUUGCACUUGGUCAUUUGAUGUGCAUUCAGUUUAGAAAAAACAGUGAAACAUGCUCAAGAUGCUGAUUUGUAUAUAGUAUUAGGUUCAUCAUUUGACAUGUACAUGAAUAGUAUGAUCGAGGAACUUGAAAGAGCUAAACCGUCCUUACGGAACUAUUAUGACACGUAUAUACAAGCCUAUUUAGUAAA